CAUUACAGGCGAUCCGUUCGGUUACCGUCGAUUCUCGAUUCGAACAGUCGGGUUUUUCGCUUUUCGCCAUUCGGUCCCACAUCUACACGCCGCGCGAAGAAAAUAAUCUGUUGCAGUUUCAGGCGUAAAGCGCCUUUUCUGUGCUUAUCUGCUUCCCUGUCCUCCGCCCCGGCGCCGUCGUUUGCCCCGUAAGGGACCGGGACAAUCCUAAUUUUCUGCUUCCUGCUUGAAGAAUGGAUGUUCUUGCAAAAAUCAGCCUGGCACGAAGAUUCUUAUUUGAUUUUGGAAUGAAGCUUCUCUAUGGAGUUCAUGAGGUAAUCUCUGGUAGACUGUUGAAUUUGGAAGAAGCUGCUAUUGGUGGUAGGUUUCCCACUCAUGGAAGUGUUCUAAUGCUAUUAGUUCAAAUUUAGUACAUGCUGGGUGAAGAUCUAAGCAUAAGAAGAAACAAGCAUAUGCCACACAACUAUAUUGUUGAUAUUGAAGAUCCAUGCUUAGAUACAGAUGUAGAAGGUAUUCAGGUGCAUUAAGCACUGCUCCUUGGGGUUUUUUUUUAAAAUAAUAUCAAGAAAGACAUGAUUGAUAUACCUUUCAGGAAAGAAAUGGUGGGUAUGCUGCAUGCCAUUUCAACACCAUUCUUAGAAGCCUUGGUUUGUCUUGCUUGCUUCUGUUUGGCAUGUAAAAUUGUCAAAUUGAAUGAAUCAACAAGAUAUUAAGUUGUUUUCCUUCCCUCCAUGAUUUUUAGUGGUUGCUUCAAUUUGCCAAAAUGAGACAUUCACUUUUGGCGUCCAUCUAACUAGGGUACUUUCACGCCGUAGUUUGACAGCAUCCACCAUAAUCUACUGGGAGCACAUGCCCAUAGUUCAUCCUAGUUAAAUGGGUUCAAGCUGUUUCUCAUAUUCUGUUUUUCAAGUUAUUUUUUCAGGUGAGGUUCAAGAUUUACAAUGAUUCUUUACCUCUUCUGGAGAGUUCUUUUAGACAGGCCAUUGAGUAUGAUUAUCAAAAGGGUACCAAGUUCAGUCAAGAACUCAACAAGAAGCAAGUGAGAAGAAUCUGUGGAAUUUAAUCUUUUCCAUUAAUUUAUUUGUUCAUACUUCUCUUUUAUUGAGUAGCAUGUGUUAAUAUGGUGC